UUGGAUACAGAGGAUAUAGCAGCUAGAAGAAAAGAAAUAAACGGUUAGAUCUCAUCCACAGAUGACUCGGUGUUUAUACAGAGGAUCUCCAACUCUUCCACCGCCUUCCCGGGUGUUUUCACCGUUCUAGUGUUCCAAACAUAAAACAAAUUAGAGCAAAGCCAAACCAUCAGGGUUUAAGGGGUAAAAGCAUGGAGAUGCCUGCGGAUGAUUUUGAACGUCUCUUGUUCCUCGAACAGGCUCGCAAAAAUUUGGAAAAAAAUUAGUACAAUUUUGAUCAUACCAUUUCUUACUUACGCCUCAUGAUAUAUGAAAUUUGAUUUUCUUUUUAGAAUCUCACCAAAUGGGGAGGAGUAUUAUUGGAGUUAUCCCAAUUUCAAACUCUCGCCGAAUCAAAGACCAUGAUAUUAGCUGCUAUAUCCAAACUUGAGGAAGCGUUGUUAAUCAAUCCGUUAAAGCAUGAUGCAAUUUGGUGUUUGGGGAAUGCACAUAUGGUGCAUGGAUUAAUGACUCCUGACUACAAUGUAGCUAGGAAUUAUUUUGAUAAAGCAGCUGAGUUUUAUCAACAAGCAGUAGAGGAGGAUCCAAACAAUCAAAUGUAUUUCAAGUCUUUGCAAUCAAUUGCUAUGGCUCCGGAAUUCCAUACGGAGAUCCAUAAACAAGGUGUAGCCUAGCAGGCAGCAGGAGCAGGAUCUUCUACUUCAUAUGCAAAGGGCACCAAGAAAGAAAAAAACCAUGAUCUGACUUGAUUUUGUUGGAUGGGUUGUUCGUGCAAUUGGUAUCGGUGCCUGGGUUGGAUUUUCAAGAAACCGGGCUCCUCCAUCCCCAAGAUAUUGAUUUGCAAGGUCAGAUUAUAGGUGUUAGAAAUAUAUAAUUGCAAGGUUCCCCUUUCACUCAGAGGUUCUUGGAGCGGGAUUCAUGCUAUUCUCGCAUUCAUUUUUCUAGUUUCCAAGUGUUUAGUUUCAAGGAGCACAAUUCAUGGUGACUUUUUGUAAAUCUAGUAAAGCGAGUAAUUAAGGCUGUGAAUGUUCUUUUAGUUCA